GAUCUUCUUGCGUGGCGUGAACACGACUCUAGACAUGUUGGUCAAGACGUUCAUACUCGUCGGCCUCACGCUUCUUUGUGGGUAAGUGCGGUCAAGUGUGGUCAAGUGUGGUCAAGUGUGGUCAAGUGUGGUCAAGUGUGGUCAAGUGUGGUCAAGUGUGGUCAAGUGUGGUCAAGUGUGGUCAAGUGUGGUCAAGUGUGGUCAAGUGGUUUAGUCAUUAAACAACACUUUUGUCCCCGGUUAUAAUUGUUUUUGGCUUCAAAGCUUUGAGAUGUAUACAAGAUAUCACAGGGCCUACCCGCCAGUAUCCAGGUUCUUGCAAUAUGUCCAAGGUACUGCCAUAAAUCCUAGCUAAUGCUGUUUAAGUCCCAUGUACUGCCAUAAGUUCCAUGUACUGCCAUAAGUCCCAUGUCCUGCCAUAAGUCCCAUGUACUGCUAUAAGUCCCAUGUCCAGCCAUAAGUCCCAUGUACUGCCAUAAGUCCCAUGUCCUGCCAUAAGUCCCAUGUCCUGCCAUAAGUCCCAUGUCCUGCCAUAAGUCCCAUGUCCAGCCAUAAGUCCCAUGUCCUGCCAUAAGUCCCAUGUCCUGCCAUAAGUCCCAUGUACUGCCAUAAGUCCCAUGUCCAGCCAUAAGUCCCAUGUACUGCCAUGUACUGCCAUAAGUCCAAUCUACUGCACUCAGAAGCCCUCAGCUGGAUCACCUGAAAUGGUCAGACCACAGCAUAGGCCAUCGCAUAAUGCGACUGUUAAAAUUGUGAUGAGUAUGUUCGGCUACAAAAUCCGGUCCUUCUUUUUGACGUAACCAGAUUUUAGAGAGUAACACUUUAAAUAUAAUCUUAGUAAUAAAUCUCCAUUUUUAACAAAAUCCAGUCCAACAAUUUUCUUCCCAACACAUUUCUUUUGCACAAAUUCCCGGGUACGAUUUCAAAUGAAAGUAUGUUUACAUCCCUUCCCAGGAGCCGAGUCGGCGGUAUUCACGCUGCUUCUGCCGACGACCUUGAGACGAAGAUGGAGUUCGUCUUAGAGGCUCUCAGCUACAUGGAACGAUGGAGCCUUAAAGUAGAAGACGUCCUUCAAAAAUUAAACGGUUUGGACCUUUCUUGUUACCGGCCUAACAUUGUGUCUAUGGAGUGACAACAGUUCAUAACUGCGUGGCGCUAGCGUGAUAAUUAAGAGGCAAUAAUAUCAAAAUAAAGUCGAAAAAGAUUCAAUAGCCUGGUAAAUCAGUUGCAAUAUUAGCGAACAUUUAUAGAUUUGGGGUUUUCUUUUUAGAGUCGUUCCCUGAGUGGUCAAACUGCAGCAAGGAGUGUGGAGGAGGAUACAAGACUCGCCCCAAGCUGGAAUGUCCGGAAAAUGAUCAGGAAAACUGUACUGAAAUAAUGUACUGUAACCCUCAGCGCUGCCAUGCGGGUAAGUAGUUUAUUGGUCGUCUGCUUUAUUUUGUCAAUGUUAUUAUUUGAACUCAUAGAAUUUAAAUCUGAAAUUAUUAACCCCUAAUUGAACAUCCUCUAAUUGAACAUCCUAUAAUGAACAUCUUCUAAUAAACUCAUUCUAAUAAACACCUUCUAAUAUAAAUCUUCUAAUAAACAUCUUCCAAAAAACAUCCUAUCAUAAACAUCAUCUAAUUAACAUCCACUAAUAAACAUCCUCUAAUAAACAUCCUCUAAUAAACAUCCACUAAUAAACAUCCUCUAAUAAACAUCCUCUAAUAAACAUCCUCUAAUAAACAUCCUCUAUUAACAUCCUCUAAUUAACAUUCUCUAAUAAACAUCAUCUAAUAAACAUCAUCUAAUAAACAUUCUCUAAUAAACAUCCUCUAAUUAACAUCCUCUAAUACACAUCCACUAAUAAACAUCCUCUAAUUAACAUCCUCUAAUAAACAUUCUCUAAUAAACAUCAUCUAAUAAACAUCAUCUAAUAAACAUCAUCUAAUAAACAUCCUCUAAUUAACAUCCUCUAAUAAACAUCCUCUAAUAAACAACCUCUAAUAAACAUCCUCUAAUAAACAACCUCUUAAAAAUCCUCUAAUAAACAUCCACUAAUAAAAAUCCUCUAAUAAACAUCCACUAAUAAACAUCCUCUAAUAAACAACCUCUAAUAAACAUCCUCUAAUUAACAUCAUCUAAUAAACAUCCUCUAAUAAACAUCCUCUAAUAAACAUCCUCUAAUAAACAUCAUCUAAUAAACAUCCUCUAAUAAACAUCCUCUAAUUAACAUCCUCUAAUAAACAUCCUCUAAUAAACAUCAUAUAAUAAACAACAUCUAAUAAACAUCCUCUAAUAAACAUCCACUAAUAAACAUCCUCUAAUUAGCAUCCUUUAAUAAAAAUCCUCUAAUAAACAUCCUCUAAUAAACAUCCUCUAUUAAUAUCCUCUAAUUAACAUUCUCUAAUAAACAUCAUCUAAUAAACAUCAUCUAAUAAACAUCAUCUAAUAAACAUCAUCUAAUAAACAUCCUCUAAUUAACAUCCUGUAAUAAACAUCCACUAAUAAAAUUCCUCUAAUUAACAUCCUCUAAUAAACAUUCUCUAAUAAUCAUCAUCUAAUAAACAUCAUCUAAUAAACAUCAUCUAAUAAAAAUCAUCUAAUAAACAUCCUCUAAUUAACAUCCUCUAAUAAACUACCUCUAAUAAACAUCAUCUAAUAAACAUCAUCUAAUAAACAACUUCUAAUUAACAUCUUCUAAUUAACAUUUUCUAAUAAACAUCCUCUAAUAAACAUCAUCUAAUAAACAUCCUCUAAUUAACAUCCUCUUAAAAACAUCAUCUAAUAAACAUCAUCUAAUAAACAUCCUCUAAUAAACAUCCACUAAUAAACAUUCUCUACUUCAGACUAUCAACGGGAGCGCGUUGCCACGUGUAAAAUAGAGACUGACCCUCGAUACCUCGCCUCUUAUAAAUUUAGUGGUGAGGUCAUUUUGAGUCAGGUAAGUACCCAGCAGUACUAUCAGACAUCUAACUUUAGUGGUGAGGUCAUUUUGAGUCAGGUAAGUACCCAGCAGUACUAUCAGACAUCUAAUUUUAGUGGUGCGGUCACUUUUAGACAGUUAAACACCCAGCAGUACCAUAUAUCUCCUACUAAGCCAAGUGUUGGACAUCGGGAAAUAAGAUAGUUCCUCGGGCUACACCAUCGGGUAAACAUUGAAUCAGUGAAGGGGUUUGCACGUGUUUAGUAGCUGUGUAGCCGGUAGUUUUUCUUCUGUAUAAAGAAGAUCUAAAACAAAUAUCUAUAAAACUAUAAAUAAAAAGAACUUGAACAUUAAAAUCUCUGCUCCCAAUUCUUGAAACAUUUCCUCCAUUCCUCAUUUUCUAUCUCCCCUCCUCCCUCCCUCCCUAACGCCCCAUCUCUCUCUCUCUCUCUCUCUCUCUCUCUCUUCCUCUCUCUCCCUCUCCCCCUCUCUCUCUCUGUCUCCCGACUCCCCCACUAACUCCAUCUCUGCUUCCCUCUCUGUCUCAUUGUUCUUCUCCCUCACAGUUUCCCUCCUAAUUUCAUCAAUGAAUACCUCCAUGUCACCUUCCAUGCCUGCCUCCAUGUCUCCCUCCUAUCUCCCUCUCUGUUUCUAUAAUAUAUGCUUCCCUCUCUGUGUCCUCCAAUAUGCAUCCAUGUCUCCCUCAAUGUAACGCUCCAAGUUUCCCUCCAUGAUUCCCUUACUGGCUCCAUCUUCGGCUCCCUCUCUGUCUCUAUCUCUGUUUUACUAUUUCCCUCAUAGCCUCUUUUCCAGUAUUCAUCAAUGUCGACCUCUAUAUCUCCCCCUCUCUCCCUCCAGGUCUCCCUCCAGGUCUCUCUCCAGGUCUCCAUCCAGGUCUCCCUCCAGGUCUCCCUCCAGGUCUCUCUCCAGGUCUCCAUCCAGGUCUCCCUCCAGGUCUCCCUCCAGGUCUCCCUCCCUGUCUCCCCCGAUCUCAAUCCAUGUCACGCAGGCUCCCUCCAUAUCUUCGUCAAUCUCUUACUCCAUAUCUCCCUCAAUGUCUCCAUUCGUCUCCCUCUAUGAGUCCUAAUAUGUCUCACUCUCUGUCACCCCCUCUUUGUCUCAACCUCUGUAUCCCUAUAUGUAUUCCUGUCUCCGUCAGAGUUAUUCUCCAUGUCAACCUUCAUGUCUCCCUUCUUUGUCUAUAUGUCACCAUCCAGGUUUCCCUCCAUGUCUCCCUCCAUAUCUCCCUCAAAGUCUCUAUCCAUUCCUUCCUAUAUGCCUCCUUCUAUGUUUCUCUCCUUCUAUGUAACCCUCUCUUUCCCCGUUAUUCUCAUCCCAUGUCUCCCUACCAGUCUCCCUACCAGUCUCCCUACUAGUCUCCCUCCACACAUGCCUCUAAGUAUCGCCCCAUGUCUUCUAUCAUGUAUCUUACACUAAAAUCCUCUCUGUCUCCCUCCCUGUCUCUAUCCCUGUCUCCAUCUCCGACUCCCUCUUCACCUCCCUUCCUGUCACCUCCCUGUCUACCCCAUUGUCACCAUCCUUGUCUUCCUGUCUACCUCCCUAGCUAACUCCAUAUCGCCCUCUCUGUCUACCUCCCGAUCUAACUCAAUAUCCCUCUCUGUCUCCCUCUAUGUUUCCCACUAUACCUCCCUCUGUAUCCCUCCCAGUCUCCCUUUCAGUCUCACUCUCUGUCUUCGCCUGUCUACCACACUCCCUCUCUAAAACUAUAAAGUUCUUCUUGCAAUGACUAAACUUUCUGAAGCUAUGACAUAUGCUUUUGUUUUCGUAACAGCGUAAAGGUCAACCCUUAAAGGUCAUUGCUGUUAUUAACAACGAGUCUCCUAAGGAAGCAAAUGAUAAGUCAAUCAAACACGGCUUCCACGUGCACACAUACGGGGACAUUCGCCAUGGAUGUGCAGUGGACGACCAGGACUUCAAUCCAGAUGAUGUUACCCACGGAUACAUCGACAGCCAGAUAAGGUAAUAUUACCCACGGAUACAUGGGCAGCCAGAUAAGGUAAUGUUAGUCACGGAUACAUGGACAGCCAGAUAAGGUAAUAUUACCCACGGAUACAUGGGCAGCCAGAUAAGGUAAUGUUACUCACGGACACAGGGACAGCCAGAUAAGGUAAUGUUACCCAGCCGGAUAAGGUAAUGUUACCCACGGAUACAUGGACACCCAGAUAAGGUAAUGUUAGUCACGGAUACAUGGACAGCCAGAUAAGGUAAUGUUACUCACGGAUACAUGGACACCCAGAUAAGGUAAUGUUAGUCACGGAUACAUGGACAGCCAGAUAAGGUAAUGUUACCCAGCCAGAUAAGGUUAUGUUACCCAGCCAGAUAAGGUAAUGUUACCCACGGAUACAUGGACAGCCAGAUAAGGUAAUGUUACCCACGGACACAUGGACAGCCAGAUAUGGUCUGCACCUAGGAUAUUUUUCAGUCAAGUUUAGACUUGUUGCAUGCAUAAGGAUAUUUGAUUUGUCUAUUUCUGAGUGCAUGUGACAGACUGCUGGUUUGUUGGCUCCUAGGUCUCGGUGUUUAUAUUUCUUGAUGUUCCAGGUUGAGGACUCAUUAUUUAGAAGGGGAAAAAAAUAAAGACACCUACGUAAUGUUUUGGUUAACGGCAGAUUGUAUAUUCUAGCGUAGCGAUUUAGAGUUAGUCAAGUAUCUCACGCAGUAACUUGGCAUUGCAAACAACACAAAAACAAACACGCCUUGAGACUUACGGAAAGCGCACUUUCGCAUUUGCUGGUCCAACAAAUUGGAACGCCCUCCCUGACGAUCUCAGAAACAACCAGACACUGGAGUCCUUUAAAACCGAUUUAAAGACACAUCUAUUUCGCAAACACCUUCUGGGUUGAUUGUCUACCUUAUUUUCCAGUUAAUGCAUCAUGGCUGUGUUGCUCCGGGUUGAAAUGGCUAGAAAGACUUUGAGAUUGUAUGCUUGUAAUUAGUUUUUGUAGUGUUGCGUUUGUUAUAAAUGUGGUAAAUUAUAGAUUUGUUUUUUGUUGACUUUGUACCGCGCUUCGAGCCUUUGGGGAUGAAGCGUGUUUUUUGAAAUGAACUUUAUUAUUAUUAUUUUAUAAAAAAAAUUAGGCGAAGUCAGUAGGUUUUUUUAAGGUUGGGUGGGGGGAGGGGAGGGGUGCCGUUAAGUUUAUGAAUGGAAAUAAGUAGCACUUUUUCAGAGAGCCUUUUAUCCAUGUGUGGAUUUGAGUUGUCAUUAAAAUGUAUUGACUAAAAUGGAUUAGAAAAUUUUAAAAAACAAACAAAAAAACGAUGACUUAAUUCUUAAAGCCCUUACCAGCGUAACAUAUAGACGAUUGUGUUUCCUAUCAUAGACAUGUCGGUGAUUGGGGCAACAUUGAUCUGGAACAAGGGAACAUCACCACCUUUACAUUCACAGAUAACGUUGCUACUCUGUUCGGUGAUCGAUCAAUUAUUGGAAGAUCGCUCGUUGUGAGUAUCGAUGUCGAUGGUUCGAUUCCUGGGCAAAAAUUAUUCAAAUGAGAAAAAAAUCAUUAUAUCAUAUACUAAUUUAAUGUUGUUUUAUUUCAUCAAAACUUACAAGUAGAAAAGUUCUGUAACUUUAUUUUCAAAAAUCCAUUUCGAUUUAUUCUGUUCCAACUCUCGCAAUGUCUAAUCCGACAACUUUGUCCAUAGAUCCAUGAAAAAGAAGAUGACGGAGGAAUCAAUGCUGACCCUGAAAGUAAACGCAGUGGCAACACCGGGGUGCCCGUGGCUUGCUGCGUCAUCGGCUUGGCCUUUGAGUAGACCAACCGACCUGACAACAUACCAAGAUCUGGGACCAGCACGCCGCCGGGCAUAUGUCUCAUAAUCUUUUUUCAGUUCAUGUUUGGUUUCUUUAUUCUAGAGCGAAUCUCACCGUGGCCUAAAGUUUAAAUAGAGUUUU